AUGGCUACUCUGCGGCGCCAGCCAAGGUCCAGAACAGCCUCAACUCGGCAGGAUCGCGGCUCCUGCUCUUCAACCGCUUCUUGCCCUGUCUUCUCUGGACCAUAUAGUGACCAUGAAGAAGACCCACCGCUACGCCGCCAAUCCUCUCCUUUACUCAAAGGCUCCCUUUCCAGUCUGUACAACUCCAGUUUCAGUCCAAGCUCCAAAGGUUCCCUUUCUAGUCUCCAGGGGUCUGUUCCCUGCCUCAAAGGAUCAUUGCCAAGUCUCCCAGGAUCUCUGCCUAGCCUCCAGCGCUCUUUAUCCAACCUGAAGGGAACAAUCUCUCGGUUGAAGCGGCGGUCACUGGGCAGCCUGGAAAACUCAAGCCCAAGCCCAAGCGCCAGCCCCAGCGAGAGGAGUACAAGUCCCAGUCUACAGAGCGCCAAUGACAGCUCCAGUGAUGAUGAUGGCAGUUGGGACACUAACAGCUGGAGCUCAGGGGCCACUUGCCUGCUACGGACUCCAGUUAAGCAAGAUAGCAAUGAGGCAUCAGGGGAAUCAGGUGGAAAUUCUUGCACCACUCACCAGGCAUCUGCUACUGCCAUCGCGGAGCCUGAGGUAAUUUACCAAAAUCUUAUCUUCUCACGUCCUGCUGCUAAAACUGAAAGUAAAGGAGGUUGUGCUCCUGAGAGGACUCCCACAACACUAAGGAAAGACGUGGGAACCCAAAGUGUGUCUUUGCCAAGCUUGUGCAAGAAUGCCACUACAGUCUCAUCUCAUCAGCGGGACGAGAAGACCGAUGACAAGCGCAAGUUCUCACAGUUCCUGAAUGAGGUAACUUUCAGGGUGUUGAAAUCUAAUGGUGGUCCUCCUCAACAACAGCCCACCCUUCGACAUAGCCACCCGUCUCCUCCACCACCGCUACCAUCAACCCUGCCUCAUCCAUCUUUAACAGCCACACUACAUUCAACACCAACAAUCCUGCCACCACCACCAUCUACAGCAGCAACAAAUUUAUGGUACAGUCCAACCAGCUCAAACCUCCAGACCAUCAAGGAAUAUGAUUCAAAGGACAUUACCAGUUCCAUCCAGCAGUGGAGCAAGACAUUACCUAGCUGCAAGAUCUUGGAGCCUGGGGAUGUGUUGAGGAAAGUUAAAGGUGAAAGUCAGCCAUACCCUGAGCAUGACCUGGAGCCGUGUACAAAGAUUCAGGCCCAGCCUUCCACUGGGAGACUUUAUCUAGAGACAGACAUUGACAGAGUAAGGCGAUUUGAUGAACUGGUAGCUAAUGGCACCCUGGGGAAAGAGAGGAAUGGAAAAGGGCUGGAGAAGGGUAUGGAGAGAGAGAAGGAGAGGGAAAACAGGAUUCAAUGGGAGAGAAAUGGAGGCUCGGGGUCAUCACAGAUAGCCAACUCCUAUCUGCCUCCCCAGGCAAGACUUAGAGCUUUGACUGUUGGUUUGUGCUCUUUCCAUGACCACAAGGACGACCUCCGUAAGCGCCUGUCGUACACCACCCACAAACUAGAGAUGGUGGAGACGGAGUUCGAUUCCACUCGGCAGUACCUUGAGACUGAGCUGCGCAGGGCCCAGGAGGAACUGGAGAAAUUUACAGAUAAGCUACGCAGGAUCCAGAGUAGCUAUGCAGCUCUUCAGAGGAUCAACCAGGAUUUGGAGGACAAGAUGCACAGGACGUCGCACCACCAUGAAGAGGAAAAGAGAGCCCUCAGCCGGGAAAUCAUCGUCCUCAACAACCACCUCAUGGAGGCGAAGAUCACCAUCAAUAAACUUAGAGAGGACAACGACCUGUACAGGAAAGACUGCAACCUGGCCGCACAGCUGCUGCAGUGCUCCAAGUCUCACUACAGAGUACACAAGAUGUCUGAGCUGCCGCUGGAGUUCCAGGAACGCAUCAGUUCCCACAUGGAGAAACAUAAUCGGGGUAGCGGAGCCACCAUGGCAAUGUGCCACUCCAAUUACUCUGACGCAGUCCCCACAGCCGUAAUCGCCAAAGUCCUGGAAAAGCCGGAACCAGGAAGCAGUUGCCCUGUAACACGCUCACCCAGCCCCCAGCCACAGGAUGGAGAUUUUCUUACAGGAACAGGGAGCACCGAUCACCUGAACCGCCGCAUUUCGUAUAAGUCAUCUGACCUGUACUGCAGCGAUACGGCUCUCUACUGCCCUGAACGAUGGCAAGAUACAGAGCGCAGGCAGAGCGUUGACCUCCACGGCACCAGCCUGCUCCAGCUUCAUGCCCAAAACUCCACUGACAGCAACCCAGAUGAAGAGCCCUACAACUCUGGAAGUUUCUCCCACCAUGAGCCUCCAUCCUCCUUCCACCACCACGAUGAGUUCGGCACUGGUAGCCUCCCUGCCUCCAGUUCCUACUCUAGCUUUAGCCUUGCAUCGGACGAGAAGGGAGGAGUUAGUGGUGGUUGCGGGCGCACUGCAAGCAGCACCUUAUCCUCUUCCCACCAGGGUCUCUAUAUGGACUGGCGAGAUGGUGGCAGUGGGGACUAUGGGCGCAAAAGCAUGUCCUCUUAUGAUAAAGACAGCCCAAGCUUCCCCAAGUCCCUCAGCAUCCAGCACAUGGUGACCCCCAGGAGCCCACAAAAGGGCACCUCCCCAGCAUAUACAAGGACGGCUUCAUGCUUCAGUGAACCAUACCAUUCCAGCACUCCCCGCCUUGCCUCCUCUCACAGCAUGGGGUCCACAACUGGACUGGGCCAGGCUCGUGGAGGAGCUCUGGACAGCCGAGGUGACAUCCAGGUCCCAGACGAUGACCUAAGUAGCCGCUGGAGACAGCUCAGUGUGGAAGACAUCAACACGUUCUCAUCUUCUUACCGUGAUAUCACAGGGCGGGUGUCUCCGUACAGUUUCUCUGAGCGACACUUUGCCAUGGGCCCCUCCAGUAAGGUCAAGGGGUCUCUCUACAGCAGCUUCCAAGAAGGAGAUGACGUCUUCCAUAGCCAAGUGCUGGACCAGUGUUUCGCUGUGGGUCCCCCUUCACCCAGCCGCAGUCCGAAACCUAUGGAGCAUCGUAAGCAGGAGAAAACCUCUGUGCUGUACAGAGCCAAGGCUGACAGUCAGGACUCUGAGUGCAGUCUGUUCCUCUCAGGGAGCUCUAAAGAGAAGGAGAGCAUUGGGGGAGCAACAGCAGCAAGCAGCGCCAAGAAGGACUAUGUAAAUCUGAGCGCAGACAGCUCGGCUGAGUCCCUACACCAAAGCUCCCUCGAAGCCUCAAGUCUUCAACACUACCCCAGCCCCAGGCCAAGUGUCCGGCCUCGCCCAAGCUCUAGCUCCGCUGUCAGUGUCGGCCCUGCACUCCCAAAGAAGACUUCUCCAAGAUACCAAAAAUUUGGCAGCACGGGACUGACGAGGAAGGACAGUCUGACCAAGGCACAGCUAUACGGUACACUGCUGAACUGA